AUAAAUUGCAUAUUUGUAAGAACUUUCAAAAGUUAAAAGCAUAUUUAUACACAAAAUAAGAGCUUUCAAAAGUACCAAUGGCGACCCCAAAGCAGCUGAUAUUGCCUUUCUUCUUCCUCCUCUCCUUCUCCUGCAUUGCUCUUUCCGAAGGCGAAGAUUGCGUUUACACGAUCUAUAUAAGAACCGGAACCAUCAUCAAAGGUGGAACCAACUCCAUCAUCGGCUUGAAACUCUAUGAUGCCAAAGGUGAAUACGUCGAGAUUGAAAACCUAGAAGCGUGGGGAGGGUUAAUGGGGGAGGGGCACGACUAUUACGAACGUGGAAACUUGGAUAUUUUCGCAGGCAGAGGACGUUGUUUGGCCUCGCCUGUAUGUGCCAUGAACUUAACAUCAGACGGUACGGGUCCUCAGCACGGAUGGUACUGUAAUUAUGUGGAAGUCACCAUGACAGGCAUCCAUACCCCUUGUAGCCAACAGAUGUUCGCAGUGGAGCAAUGGUUGGCAUUCGAUACUUUACCUUUCAACCUCACCGCCAUUAGGAACUAUUGUUCGGCUGAGCUUCGCACCAAUCAACAACAUUCUCAGGAGGUGCCUAGCAGAUCAAGCACCUGAUGAGGGCUGUUGAUUAGUGGGGAUUAUGGUCUCUUAAUCAUAUCAUCAGCUACAGUUUCGUCAUUUGAUGGGAAUUUUUUUUAAAUUUAGAUUAAAUUAAGGUUCACAUGACAUGACUUACAUAUGUGUCUGUGAGUUAAAAUUUGUUCUUGUUGGAAACUGGAAACAGAGACGUCAUUCUUUUGUUCUUUACAUCAGUUUUUCUCUUGCUAAACAGACACUUAGCCUCACACAAUAGCAAAACUCAGGAAAAGGAAAUUAAACCAAGGAUCACCAGCUUGUCAGCCAAAUUCUCAACAUCUUUAAAUCUUCUUAUGAUUUCGAAUUCAAUUCCGCCAAUCAAGUUCAUGAACUAUUCAUAUUCGAAAAUCGAAUUUUCCUAUGAGAAAAUCGUAGGGUAAGGGUUGGUGCCAAUAGUUUUUGUGCUACUCAAGCAUUAACUUGGUGUUUCUUCAAUUCCUUCAAUAUUUCCUUUGAUAGUUGUUCAGCAUUGUACUCUACUCCAAAGCAUCUUACUACCUUCAU